AUGAGUGAGUCUGUUGCUGAUGGUAGAACGUGUCUUGAUGGUAUGAGGAUAGAACGUAAACAUCCCUCAGAUACACAAGAAGAAGAAGUAGUCGUAGCAGCAGGCUUUGGAGUAGAAGACAAAAGCGGAGAAACUCUGGUGCCGUCCCUCAAUAAUAACACACAUGUAUUACAUAGUGGCGAUAGUAGCAGUGGUAGCAGUAGUACUGCUAGUAUUAGUAGUAGUGGUAGCAGAGGAGACCUCAAUACCAAUAGUGAUACUGCAUUUAUUGCUAGUUUACUGACCCCUCAAAACAUGUGCAAGUUACUGGGGUAUUCAGUGGGAUACGAAAAGUAUUGGCUUCCAGGGUUCUGUCUGCAAAUCGUCGAGGACGAUGGGCUACGCUCGUCUCUAGUUCGUCUCAGAGAGUGUGUUCUUCCGUUACGAUUUGCUCUCGACCCCAGGGCUGAGCGAGGAAGAAAGAAAGUCGCUUCUAAAGGAGAUCGAGUCUUGCAUGGACGCACGAGCAGCAAACUACUCAUGAGGGCUGCAGAUGCAGCAGCGGCAGCAACAGAAGCACCAGCUGCUGCAGCUGCUGCUGCGUCUGUGGCUGUUGACGGUGUCACAACAACAGCGUCUCCCGCUGCUGCCGGAGGCGGUCCCGUGUCCGCUGCUGCUCCGCACGUAUUCGCAGGAGCGGGGGGUUCUGAAUCUUCUAUGCGUUUCGUCGGAGAGCUGAGCCGUAGCGAUCGAGGUCUAAUCGAAACACUCAAGCGCUGUGUGCUAGCGAAGAACCCCUCUUUCCUUUCUCUAGACAACCGAUCGCUGGUUGCAAAAGUUAACAGCAAAUCAAAGCUACCCGUUUUGUGGCUUCGUGCAGACCCCACACAAAUGUGGAUAGCACGAGUGCGUCGGUGUCAAAGCGGAAGUAUGUGGGGACAGCAACUUCUUAAUGACACAAAUAUAUACGCACAGUUGGAGGCUGCUGCGGCGCUCGGUUACUUGCCUGCAUUUGAAGAAGGAGCGGAGAGUCUUACGGAUGGCGGCUCGGCUGCUUCCGUCCCUGCUGCUGCUCUUUCGUCUUCCUGCGGAGGAGGAGGCGCCACAACGGCUCCAUAUUCUUCUGCUGCUGCCGAGUCUGAGAACCUUCCAGUUACUAAUACCGUUACUGCUGCUGCUGAUGCUGCUGCUACUACUAUUGUUGUUGCUGCUACCACUAUUGUAGCUGCUGCUACCACUAUUAUUGCUGCUGCUAUUGCAGAUGACCGCAUGCAGCAAUUGCUUGCGGGUGUUCCCAGUGGGGCGUAUCUCUCUGAUGCUGCUCUGGCAGCAGCGGGAACAGCAGGAGCAGGCGAAGGAGGUCUAUCUCUUGUUUGUGCUACUGUUGCUGCUCCUCCCUCUCUUCGAAAUGGCGCUGCAGCUGCAGCAUUUGCUACGUUAAGACUAGCGGAAACUGCUGCCUCGACACCUGAAAUUCGUUUCCUUCUUCAUUUUUAUGCGGCAGCUUCCCUCCUGCGAGACUAUCGAGGAAUGUAG